CGUAUUUUCCCAUCUGAAGGCGAUGCAGGUCAAGAUGAUAAACAAAACUUUCUGUUUCUUUAACAGUGUUGUCAGCCGUAAAAAAUAUUCCCUGAUAGUGGUAAAUUAUGUUAGCUGCAUUGGGACCUAUAAGUGGUCGAAAGUCUGGUGCAAGUAAAAGUCGCGGAAGACAACCUAUCAAGCCACGCCCUGGAAUCUCAAAUCGUCCCAGUAGACCUUCGCGUCCAUCACCACGUGGCAGUCACGAUUUAAUAAUGUCAGAACGUCAACAUAUCUCUCAUUCUCCUCCAGUUAAAGUAAAAUCAACCACUCAUAAAGUACCAUCAACUCCACCUAGCGGCAAACAUUCUGGAGGACGUUCAUCAAGCACUCCUAAAGUACCUGCGGGUCAUGUAUCAGCAGGAACUCAAAGACCAUCGACAACAGUAAAACCAAGACAUACAACUCCACCUACACGGAACGAUAUAAAGAAGCAAGAAAUUUCAAUUAAUAAGAAUACUAAGCAUAUCACUAUCAACCGCAUCUACAACUACGCUCCACCGAAAGAAAUUAGUUAUGCAGAAAGGCCUGGACAACGACCGGUUUCUUAUCCAGUUUACCAUGAAACGCCGCCGACCUACGUAUAUCAAUACAAAGAAUCAGGAAGUAAAUACGGUACUUUACUUGCUGGCUUAGCGCUUUUGAACCUUGGAGCUCAAGCUGCUGCAGCUACUCGUACCAUUUCCGCCGCUAGCCAGAAACCAGCCAAAGAUUCAAGAGAUUCAAUAGAAAGAGCUAGUUCAAACUAUAAGCCACAGGCUGGCGAAUACUGUAAAUUCGGCGUAAGGAAAGACAAUGGUGAUUAUGACGAAACCAAAAUCGAUUGUCUAUUGAUAACAAGUUUUAUAUUAGAAAGUCAGAAACCGACAGCACCGGCUGGUGGCACUAACACGACGGUUGUCACCAUCAGUACGAAUGUCACAGUUGUGAACAUAACAAACGGCGUAGUGGAAAAGACCACGACUCCGGAACCGCUUGUUUUGUACCAAAUGUUGGCGAAUGGUACUCUUGUUCCUGUGAAUGUUACUCUUCCCGAGGCAGAAAAUACAACAGCUGUUAAUACUACAGACGCAUCGAAUGGCAGUGUGGCGUCAUCGGUAAUCGUAACGACAACAACGACUAAUACAACAGUGACGAAUGCUGUUGACGUGAAAGAGAAGGAGAUUCAGGUAACGCCGGGGAUGAAAUGCUUUGUCAUGAGACAUACGCCGACCUCAUACAUGAAAAAGCCAGUGCCCUGUGACUUGCUGCAAUCCUACGCCGAUCAGUCCCUCAAGAAAAACUCAGCCGCUAAAUAAAAAUACAAUGCUGUGAGCUGGCGUUGCUCUCAUAUUUUACUAAUACAUUAUGUGAAUAGUGCCAACAUCUAUAUUAUAAGUGUGAGUGAUACGAUAUUUAUUGUGCGAACUAUUGGAAGCUUUAGUUGGUAGUUCAUUGCGUCUAUUUUUGUGUUUGCAAGCUGUUUGAGAUAACAGCAAUUAUUAUUAUGU